AUGUCUGCUUUUAGAGGAGGGCGUAGCGGCGGCGGCGGGCCACCCAAGGGCCAGUUCCUGAACGGCGUUUGGCACUGCGAUUGCAAUCCCCGACUGCCAGCAGUACACUUCGAAACCAAGAAAGCAGGCCCGAACAAGGGAAGAUGGUUUCGCUCUUGCCAAAAGCCUCAGGAUGCGGAGGACCGAUGCAAGUUCUUUCUGUGGGAUGAUCAGGCGCAUGCCAGGGAGCAGAGCGCCCUCGCGAACAACUCUCGCACCGAACCCGGCCCUGCCAACCCAGCUCCUGCCAACCCAGCUCCCACCAACCCAGUCACUCCUUCCCGACGUCAACCCUCCCCUCCACCACCUUACACGAUCGAAACGAAUCCAGCCGCAUCAAGUCGCAAGCGAACACGACCUAGCAACGAUGAUUUCGAUGACGAAUAUGGCCUCGGGCAGGUUAACGAUGAUGAUCUGAACCAGGCCAUGGUCGAGGCAGAGACACCGAGCAAGGCCGCGAGGACGACCAACUUCACGACCCCUGCACCCAAACGACAGAAGCUCCCAUGGCAGAUGGACACAGGCAGUAGCUCUAGAAAUCAUGGGCUGCAGACGCCCCAAACCGACCGAAGAUCCCCAGGAGACAACCCGUUCGCACCCAGACACCCAACACCGGGCGGCGCUCUCUUUACCCCUUCAUCCAACGUUGAUGCGAACGAGCACCAUCAGACCGCAACUCCGUCAUCUUCGUUUGACGCAACCCCCACCCCAAAUCGGUUCAGAAAUGCAGUGAACGACGACAUCGUCAAAGACGUCUUCGACUUGCUGCAGAACAGUAGCACACGCCUCGCAGACUCUACCGAAAACGAGCUCAGAACUCUGCUGGUUCGACACGCCAAGAACACCGAAGGAUACAAGAGAGGUCGCGAUGUCAGCCGUAGCACAGUCAAGGCAAAGGAAGCGAAGAUUACGGAGCUGACAUAUCGCAUCAACACACUUGAAGCCGAGCUUGAAGCGGAAAAGGCCAUGGUCAAACAUCUUCAGUGGGAGGCACAACACGAGUCGGACACCUGA